AUGACCUCCCGGAAUAUCAGCACUCAACCAAGCGAAACGCCGCUAUCAAUCUUUCUCUGGGGCGGCAAAGACAAGUUUGAGGCCCGCAAACAACUUUUAAAAGCCCUAACCACCAACCCGGCCUUUACUAAACGCGCCGUGACCGUGCCAUCGCUUGCCAGAAAGGAUGCCUGGUUGAGAGCAGUGAAUCAGGCGCGGGAGUUGAUUGCACUCAAGCAAACAGAAAAAUGGAGUCAUGAGCAGUUUAGGCAGGCUGUACAGAUGUUGGAUUACUUUUUGCCUGUGCAGCCGCAAUUUAGAAUAUUUAUAUCCAAUUUGGAAAGACAGAUGAGUGAUGAGCAAAAGGCGAUUUGGAUUCCCAAGGCCGAGAGGCUUGAAAUAUUUGGCUCCUAUGCACAGACGGAGCUGGGCCAUGGCUCCAACGUUCGUGGCAUUGAAACCACAGCGACCUUUGACCGUGGGACGGAUGAAUUUAUCAUCAAUUCUCCGACACUUAGUAGCACCAAAUAUUGGAUUGGGGCCACGGGCAUCUGGGCGACUCACUCCCUGGUAGUUGCGCGAUUGAUCAUCGACAGCAAGGAUUACGGGAAUCACCUCUUUCUUGUACAGCUCCGAGACCUCGACACUCAAGAAUUGAUGCCAGGGGUGGAAAUCUAUGAGAUGGGCCCCAAGGCUUUUCAUGGAAUGGUAGGUGUAGAUAAUGGUGCAAUGCAAUUUCACCAGGUCCGAGUUCCACGAUCCCAGAUGCUUUCUAGGAACGCACAGGUAUUAAGAGAUGGGACGUAUGUCCCGCCGAAAAACACGAAACAUUCGUAUGGCUCGAUGGUCACGGUUCGUGCAAUAAUGGCGGAGGCAACGGGCUAUGAGUUGCUUAAAGCAGUUUCAGUGGCGUAUCAUUACACGACAUUCAGGAAACAGUUCUGGAAGAAGGGCCACAAAGAAGAAGCGACUGUGUUUGACUAUGCCAGUGUUAGGUAUAGGCUUUUGCCUCUUCUAGCGCAGGGCACUGCGCUGGUCUUAGUUGGCCAAAACAUUAAGCAAGCGUUCGAUGAAUACAGCAAGGUGGUAAUCAAGACUGGUGACUUUUCUCAGCUGGAAGAUUUACAUUUGCAGACCGUUGGGGCCAAGGUUUACUCCACUGAUCUCACAGCGCGGGGGGUUGAGACCUGCCGAAUUGCUUGUGGUGGUCAUGGUUAUAGCGCACUCUCUGGGUUCGGACGUAUGUACGCUCAUACUGUCAAUGCGGUCACAUAUGAAGGUGACAACUAUGUGAUCUCGCAACAAGUACCACGCGCUAUUUUGAAGCAUUACAAUGCGAAAACCGAGGAUACUGUUCCGAGCCUUUCUUACCUGGGUUUCCUCCGGAACCCGAAUGCUACAAAUAAACUUGCCGUGUCAUCUGAAUCUGAUUGGUUCAAGCCAGAGAAUCAGCAAUGGGUGUUGGAACAGCGGCUGGCCACGCUGGUUAGAGCACAUUUAGAUGCCACUGAAAGUGGUAAGGACACAAGCUUUUCCGUGCAUGAGUUGACAAUGGCGCAUUGUGAUUAUAUAUACUGGCGCGGUUUCUGGGACGUGGUUAGAAAGGCGGCAGGAUUCCCCUUCUACACGUCAUUAGAUGCCCUAGCUCAAGUGGUAAGCUCCCCGAAUGGUCGAUUGCAAUGCGUGGUUUAUGGGACUGUCUUCCUUACCUAUUUUUAA